CAAGAGACUCCUUGUCAGUUUCAGUGCUGUCAUGAGCAACUUCCAUUGAAUAGCAGUCCACCAUUGUCAAAAGUUAGUAGCCACGUGUCCCGUUUAUAACACAUCCAAAAUUUUUUGUGUUAAAAAAAUUUUGUGGAUCGGUCAACCAACAAAAAUAAAACACCUUGAAAAAAAUUCACACCAAUUACCUUUAACACAAAAAUUUCCCAAUCUACGGUACUUAAAUUCAAUCAUGCAAAAACAUUUGUUUCUCUUAAGGAAUUCUACUUCAUUUAUAAGAUAAUUUCAACAAGAAAACCAUCAAAUGAAGACGUAACAAUUGUUGAAAGGAAGGUAUGGAAAUUAAAAACACUACACUAAGGCCACUGAAGUAAAAUCCUUGUUUCUCCUUUCAUGGGCGGGGCUGUGGCUUAAUUUCAGUUAAUUACUAUUAAUUUUUUAUAAUUAUUGUGAUGGUUGCUAAUUGGGGCAUAUGUGGGAAGAAAUGCACAUGUAAUUGGAGUGGUGUAAUAUACACUCACUUAUUUGCAUUGUUACAGACCAAGGAAUGGAUACAACAAUUUACUGCCCUUGGAACUAUGUAGGGAUAUCAAAAGAGCAAUGUUACACCUUACAUGCAUUUGUUUUGUCAACAUAUUCCUCAGCUUAUGACAAAGCAUAAAGGUAAUAAGCGCUUCAGUGGUCAAGGUAUAAUGAUUAUUAUGUUUAUGCUGUUUACAUGUACAUAGGUGUUGAGAAAAAUGAUGAUGCUAGAAGGCACUAUCAAUCAAGCAAUCACCUAAAUCCACCAAAGGAUAUAUUACUAACAGAGGCUUGACUUAUUGGUUUGUCCCACACAGCUAGAACAAAAAGGCAUUACGAGAAGCAUGACAGUGAAUACUGGACUAAAGGCAUAUUUACAAAAGAGCUAAAAAUGACACACAGCCUGACAAUGUUGAGCUAAUUAUUGCAGAUAAACUGAUAACAGAGUCAUAAGCAAAAUCAGUGUUGGGGCAUACAUGUAUGCAUCCAAAAUCUAUCCUUACCUAUUAGUACUUUAUCAACACAGCAUAGAAAGCAUCUGAUCCUGAAUGCAUGAAAGCAUGCUUACAGGUCUUCCAUGAUGUAUCUCUCCUCCUCCAAAACCCCUCCCAAUAUUUUUAUAAUGCAAUUGUAGUAUAUACAAUUAGAAAUAUUCAUGUAACUAUAAUGCUUAAUCUAGGUCUCUUGUCUUUCUUUUUCUUAUUAGCAGGGUCUCUGUAAAGUUUCUAAUAUGAUGUGUAUUAUUGCUAUCAUAAGAUGGUAAAAAGAAUUUAACAAAUUGUGCAUGUAUACAGGAAACAAAACAGAGCACCCCUCUCCGUGCUUAUUGUAUGCGGUGAAUAUCUCUUCCUUAAAAUAUGACAAAUUUAAGAAAUCAGUUUUACUAUAGAGCCUCCCCGGCUUCUUUGCUACUUUGUUUCCUUUAGACUCAGGAAAAAAAAAGCGAAAUACAUAUCUGGGAAAUGGUAUAGUGAUGUGACAUCUUUUUACCAGUCCUGCUAAAAGACUAGAAUGAAUUGCAGCUUUUAAGUCACUAACAGAUCAAGUACAACGCUUGUAGGUGGACUGGGUUCAUUGUACAUCCUAUAAUGAAAUGUUAGAGCUAAAUAAACCACCUCAGUGCUCCCUCAAACCUUAUAGCCUCUUCUGUAAUAUUACAAGAAUCAAUCCAAGUUGCUUCCUCUUUAGAAUAGUCUUUCCAUAACACUAAAUAAUAACUUCUCCCCUACAAUGAGCCACCAUUUUUACCAUGUACUGAAAUAACUGACCCUACCUUCACCAUUUUCUUCUCUACGAGUCUCUCAACUUGAAAUAAAUCAUCAUCAAAACCAUUAGCCAUAUUUUGAGCAUGAUUGGUACUGUCAUCUACUGUUUCCUGCAAUAAACUACUGUAGUAGCCUUUUCUUUUACCAAAAGCACAACUGCACGCCGUGUUGUUCACAAUUUGUUUCCAAGGAAACAGAUAAUGUAUCUCAAUGAAUUUUAUUAAAAAUAUAUGAAUAUAAUUAAACAUCAAUGAAUAUGAUUAUAUGCUCGUGAGCGGUUUUAUACUGCAAUUUCUAGUCCUGUGUAUUGCAGGAUUACUGUAAGUUUUAUGUGUAAAUACUUGAAAUUUUAUGAUGUUAUGCAAUCAGUGUGAACAGCUAAUGUACAUCAUUCUUUCUAGAAUGAGAAUAAUAGUGCUUUUGUUGCUGAGGAUGAAACCUGUGAAGUAGAAGUUGCUAAAGUUGAUGCUCAAAAAUGGGAUUUCAGUGAUGAUGGCGAUGAAUUGCUUGUGGUAGAUUUUAAGAAACCAAAGAAGUCAGAGGAAUAUGAUGAAUGGCACACAAAAUGCAAAGAACAAAAUGAAGCAUUUGCAGUCUCUUCAAAUUUAUCAAGAGAAGGACAGUCAAGCAGCAGUUCUUGUUUUACAGGCCUGAGAACACUUUAGAGACAAUACUCUGCCUUUUAUUUAAAAAAGUUCAUACAGAGGAUAGUAUCCAUUUAGGUAUCAGAAUGACAAAUGGGACUGUAGUGAAUGCUUUAUUCCAGGCUCAAGACAGUACCAAGCUGGUCUAUCAGUAUGUUUUUGCUAAUACUGAUGUUGGAAAUCGCUUCAAGCUUUGCACUGCAGAUGUCCCUCGACAAGAUAUGUUUCUUGAUGACAAAGCUUUGUCUCAAUAUGGUAUUACUUCUUCAGUUCUCUUGAUUGUAGAAAUGACUGAGGAAAGAUAUUUCAGUAAAGGAGAGUGGAUAACUGAAAUUACGGAAUUGGACAGCACUGUUGAUGCAGUGUUUAUUGAAAGGGUGCUAAGAAUUGAGAAAGAGUCUAGGACUAAGUUCAUGAAAUUUGUGUCCUCGUGUGCAGCUGUUAUUGGCCCUCAUACAAUCAAGCACAUCACCUUGUUUGAAGAUUUACUGAAAUUGUACAACACUAACAGCGAAAUAGUUCAAAAGUAUCCACUACAAAUGGAUUACUUUGGAGAGAAUGCUGUAGACCUUGGUGGGGUAUCUAGAGAUGUAAUGUCAGCAUUUUGGCAGCUUGCAUAUCAGAAGUUAUUUGAUGGUAGCAAGCUCUUGGUGCCAGUUAUUAGUCCACAUGUUGAUUUGUCAUUGCUGCCUACAAUUGGAAAGAUAUCAUCACAUGGGUACUUGUGUACUGGUUUUCUUCCUAUACAAAUAUCUUUCCCAUCUCUUGCAGCAAUGCUCCUUGGUCCUAAUAUAGAUGUUGAAAGCAGAGUUCUUAUGGAUUUUUUCCUUGAUUAUGUGAGUGAUGUUGAUUGGAGAGUUUUGCAUGGUGCUGUACAAAUUGCUGCACAGACCUCUACAAGCACUUUUCCAUCAGAUGUCCAGGAGCAACUUCUUACUGUAUUGGGCAACUAUGGUUGCAGGCAACUAAUGUCACCAAGCAACCUCUCUCAACUUCUAGCUAACAUAGCUCGCUUUAUAUUUCUCAUCAGUCUGAUGAUGGCAUAUUCAAUGAUUUACUCUGGUAUUCCAUCAGAACACCAAGAUUUGUGGCACGCAUAAUCACAGUCAGAUUUAUAUCAGCUGUACGAAACUCUUAGUGCUACACCUAUCAAAGUUUUAAGUCUUAUACAGGACCCUGUUGUCAUGAACAAGGCACAGAGAUUGGUGUUUAAUUACCUUUGGCAAUAAUAUUGGUAGCAUGACACUUGAAGAAGUUCAUCUUUUGUAAGAUUUGUGACUGGGAGCUCAGUCUGCUCCACUACUAAAAUCGAAAUACAAUUUAAUGUGCUCUUGGGCUUGGCGCGCAGACCGACUUCACACACUUGUAGCAAUUUAUUGGAGCUGUCUGCAAUGUAUCUAUCCUAUCCAGAAUUUAUGAAGAAUUUUAAAUGUGUACACUCUGAUGACACUUACACAUGGAUAAUGGAUUCUUUUUGACUAUCAACAACAAACAACACUUGACUAUUUUGUGCUAUUCAUUCAUCAUUCCUGAUAAUCAUAAUGUGUGUUGUAUCAUUUAUUAUUACCAUUGGUCAAAUCACGAUAAUCAAUAAUCAUAAUAAUCAAUAAUUAUUUUUAAAUAGGGCAUUGAUUUUGCAAAAACUCUAUAUUUUGUAUGUAAAAAAUUUCCAUGGUCAUUAGUUUCUCUUGAAAGAUCAACUGUUCUGCACAAAUUUUGAUAAUCUAAUUCAAAGAUGUCAAAUCUAGUUUCUGGGACGUGUAACCCCUGUAGGUAAA